AGAUAAAGAAGCACCCGAGACAGCACCACUGCAACACCGUUUCUUCCAACCCCUUCUUUCUACCAAUUAUUAUUCCUAUGUCAUAACGAUGGUAAACCUACAAAAGGUUGAACAACAUGUUACAACAGAAGGUCAAAGGAAAAAGAAUAAGAGGAAGAAGCAAGUUUUGGUUCCUCGUCCUGCAUGCUCAUGGGUGUAUUUUAGUAAAGAGUUUAUCAAGGAGUACAUUGCUUCCCAUCCUGAGUCACCAGGCCUUAAAGCUGCAACAAAGGCUGCCUCAAAUGCGUGGAAAUCAAUGAGCCUUGAAGAGAAGGAAAAGUAUGCUAGGCAUGCACGUGAAGUGUGGGAUGGCUACUUGAGUUCAGGUGCUGCCCCCAACCCCAAGCCAAGGAAACAGACUAAACUGGUAACAAGAUGCUCUCCUGGUCGCUUAUUCAAAGUGUUACAGCGCCUCACACCUGAGCAGAAGGAGGCAGUUAAGAGCAUGGGCUUUGGCAGCCUCCUUGGCCUUAGAUGCCGAACGCUUCGACGCAGUUUGUGUCUUUGGUUAUUGGAGAGAUUUGACACUACUAAUUGCAGCUUAGAGAUCUGCAAUGUGGACGUGCCAUUAACUCCAAAUGAUGUAGAGAUGGUAUUGGGAUUAUCAGCCAGUGGUAAAGAAGUGGUGAACUCUGGUCCAGAAGACAUGAUUUCAGAUUUACGUAACAGUUACAACGCGAUAAAUCAUGGAAUUUCAGUGCGACUUUUAGAGGAGCAGUUGGCAACUGCAGAGUCUGGAGAUGAUUUUAAGAGGUCAUUUGUACUCUAUGUGCUGGGAACGCUUCUGUGCCCAACAGCUAGGCUGGAUGUUAGCCCGUCAUUCCUCCACUUUUUGACAAAUAUGGAUCUUGUACAUCAGUAUAACUGGGGUAAAUUCUUGCUUGAUAGGCUGGUUCGAGAGGUAUUGCGCUUCCAUCAAGGGAAGCAAAGAACUGUUGGUGGUUGUCUUUUAUUUUUGCAGCUUUUCUACUAUGAGAACAUAUCUCUUGAAGGGUCUUCUGCUCCAGUUCCAACGAUUGUUCCAUAUCUGUUUUCUUGGGGAGAGGAGGAGAUUGCUGAGAGAGAAAAGCGAGAAAAGGAACUUGGCGGCUAUGGUUCUGGGGAGCUAGCAAGCAAGAAGAAGUGCCAUCAUAUGGAGUUCCCUGAGUAUAGAGAUCAUCCAGAUGGCCCACUGAUCACCACAGAAAUCAGUAGAAUUGGGCAUGGUCCUCUUAGACCAGAAUCAAAUGAGGAAGACAUCCGUGGUUUUCCUAGGAAUAGAACCGUGUUGAGUGGAGAUGUGGAUUUAGUAGUUGAAUCAAUUGAAGCUCCUUGUCGGAACAAAGAAUAUGGUUGCAAUGAAACUGUGGAUUGCAUGACUAGCAAUGACCAUGAAGUGACAUGCAUCUAUUCUCCAUGUGUCUGUCCAUUUCAAGACUGUAACUAUGUUGGGCCAUUUGAACAGUUGGCAUUGCAUUUCAGCAGUAAACACUGGGAUUCCGGAAGACAAUUCAAAUAUAAUCAUCCAUUGGCUAUCUCUUUACAGAUGGAUGAACAAUUCCUUGUUCUCCAGGCAGAAGAAGAUGGGGUUCUUUUUCUCCUCAACAAGGGCACAGAAACUAAUGGGAAUACAGUGAUGAUAACCUGUAUUGGUCCAAAUUCAUCAAAAGAAGGAUUUAUUUAUGAGAUUGUUUCAUGUAGGGGGAGAAGUUCUCUCAGAUUAAAGUCUGUAGCUGAGAAUUUUCCUGGUCGAAUGGAGGAUUUCCCCCCAGUAGAUUUUCUUUUGAUUCCUUUCAAUUUUCUUGUGUCUUCUAGGGAGCUCAAUGUAGAUAUUUGUAUAUGGAAUUCUACUGAGCAUAAUGUAGAUUGCUCUUGAUUUGUUACCUAGAUUAUAGAUAAUUUAUUUAGUGAGAAUGAUGUCAAUUGGCAUUUAUUUA